AAGGAUAAUAUUUCAGAUUUUAUCGUAAGCUAUGAAACAAUUUCGAUUGUUAGCAACAGUGUCCGCACUUUCAGCGGGAGUUGGUGUUUUAGCAGGCGUAAAUUACGAUUCAAUACGGAGAAUUAAAAAAGAUCAGCUUGAAAAUGAAAGUAGAAACUAUAAAUACUACAUACCACUACCGACUGUUUCUGCCGCAGCGCCGGCAAAUGUCGACCUCCCGACAAUAUCGAAUACUGUUUCUCCCAUUCCAGUGACCCCUUCUAAUCGGGUAUCCGAGAUAAUGAAGUACGGAUUUCCUAGUUUGGACCAAAUCAGGUCAUACGAUAACUUUGUGCUGAGCUAUGACAGGAGAAAUAGAACCGCCCAUUGGGUGUUCGAACAUAUCAAACCUGAACAUAUUCUUGGAAAGAAUGACACAGAUAGAGAAAAUUCGAUAUUCCAGGAAGAUUAUUCAAUCCAUCCUUAUUUCAGAGCCACCAACUAUGAUUAUAAAUCCAGUGGAUAUGAUCGUGGUCAUUUAGCUGCUGCAGCAAAUCACAGACACUCUCAACAUGCCAUGGACCAAACAUUCACGUUGAGUAAUAUUUCUCCUCAGGUAGGGAGAGGUUUUAACAGGGAUGCUUGGAAUUCCUUGGAGAAGUAUGUUCGUGGUAUUGCCAGAAUGAACAAAAAUGUGUAUGUAUGUACUGGACCUCUCUAUCUACCAAGACGAGAGGCAGAUGGGAGACUCUAUAUCAAGUAUCCUGUGAUUGGUCCAAAUAAUGUGGCAGUGCCCACACAUUUUUUCAAAGUCAUUGCUGUAGAGAAUGUUCAUGGUGACUUUGAACUCAUGUCAUUUGUAAUGCCUAAUGAAGUGAUUCCUGACAGUGUUCCCAUUAAAAACUUCCUGGUGCCUAUAGAGACUAUCGAGAGAGCUGGAGGCAUUUUGUUGUUUGAUAAAAUUCCAAAGAAGAGAUUUAGUGUCAUCAAUGGAAAAAGGGUCUGACAAAUAUAGACUGGUUUCUCCUCUUUGUUAUUAACAUUAGCUACAUGUCUGCCAAUGAUGAUGAAAGAAUUUGACAGAAAUGAAUUGGUAUGCACAUUACUGUAUUGAGCAUGUAUUUUCAUCCAGUGACAUUAUGUGAAAUAGUUCCUGUGAUGACAUAGCAAAUUCAUCAUCACUUGUAAAGCUUUUUUGCGCUUUUAUUUGAAUUAUGAUAAAAUGUGCCAUUUAACAUGCUUUUGUUGAAUAUAUAGUAAAUAAGCUUCACACUAAUCCCAUUUAUCUAACUUUAAUAAAACAUACCAUUACAGUUUUCUUUAAAGAAAAAAGUGUGUGAUUGGAACUUCAUAGAUAUUUAUAAGUUAAGCUAUUGUUCACGAUAGUCUUUUAUAACAAGGAUAGUGUAUGUGGUUAUUAUAUAUUUAGAUAAUAAGAUGUUUAUAAUGAAUGUAAUCAUAACACUGACACAUUUUUUUUGUAUUCUACGUCACCAAAACCUACAUCUGAUUGUGUUCACAUUCCUUAUAAAUGUAUUCGUAAACUAUAUUAGGAAGUGUGCAAUAUAAUUCACACCCCUCAUUACGGUGCAAGUUGAUAUAAGUUCUGGUAACUCGUAAAUGAUUUUGCAUAGUUUUAAGGAUCAUAUGUCUCUUCAUUCUUUAUAACAAAAUACCGCAAAAGUAAAUGCUAUGAGUGAUCUGAUUGGUUUAUUUUAUCAAGUUUACCAAAUCUACCAAUUUAUCAAGUGCCUAGAAUAUUGGGGACAAUUUUGAUAAACAUUUUGAAAUUUUGGAAAUCCAGACAUGUUUUGAUGUUUUGAUAUAUAAUUGAUACUUCAGGGGUUAUGAUCACUUUUGAUCUAGGUGCCCUUGAAAUGUUUCAUGGCAAAAUUGAAGAUUCCAUAUGCAACACCUCAUGGAUAAAAAUCAGGUAUGACAGCUAAUUAUGUGUCCGUCCACACCUUUGUUCAGUUCUGAACAAUUUGUUUCCUUCGUUAAGAUUUACACAUAUCAAUCACAUGUAUAGGGGGGUAUAAGUGUUGUUGUUGUUAUAAUGUUAUACAUAAAAAGGUUAUAGUAUGUAUAUGAUCUGUUAAUGUGAUGCUGCUAGAGAAUGUUUGUAGCCUUUGUACUGUUGUACUGGUAUGUAAUGUGUAUCACAUUAAAGAUAAGUAAUGUUGCAGUAAAAUCAAAGUCAAACAUGCA